AUCUAUAUUUUCCUUUUACUGUUGAGAAAUGCAUAUUGUUAUUCGAAGCAAAACUAUUUAUAUCCAGUUUUAAUUAAAUAAAUGUAACGUGUACUAGUAAAAUGGAGAACACGCUGGGACAAAUCAAAGGCUCCAGACACAAGCAGACUAAAUCACCGACAGUCUUUGAAUACAUCACACACGCAAGCGCAGUUCGAAACAAAGACACCGAGUCUGGAAAUCCUCAGUGCGGCAGGAAAACCGCACCACGGCACCAGGAGAUUGAAAAAAGGAGGGACCAUAAAAGACAUCGGGUAUCCAUGAAGGGAUACAUGAAAAGGAACAGUGUGUUUCCAAAGACUCCAAAAUAAUGGAAACGGACUUGUUUUCCCUCCAGCCAAAGCUCGGUUUGUCCUCUAAACCCAAUGGAAACCUUUCCAGUACGGUCCCACGGAGCCAAUUUCUGCUGGCAGACGGAGAAGAAUGGAUGGAAAAAAUAACACAAUGACGAGCGUCUGGUCGUGCCAACAAGUCUGAGAAAUACCAAAACUUAUUCUAUCCAUUUUGCAUUUUAGGACUUAAAAAAUCUAUAUAUAAUAUUCAAAAAGAUUCCAGUUGUUACUGUAUUAUCACUCCUUAAUCGAUUCCUUUGGAAUUCCAGCAGUGAGAUGCUUUGACCGCGGUGCUGCUUCGUAGGCUUCUGUUCCGCUGGUCAUAACGGUGUUAAUUCAGGGAGAAACAUGGGUGAAGUCCCGGACGCCAGGGCUGCUCCAAGGACCUUCGUGGCUCCAUCAGUCAAGUCUUUCGAACAUUAUGACUUUUCCCGAGCUAAAAUCUGUUGCAGCCUCACGUGGCUGGUGACCAAAGCAUACGGCACAGACAGUAUCCCAGCUGACUUGAAGGAGCCCUUCUACACAGACCAGUACGACCAGGAGCACCUAAAGCCUCCUGUGGCCAACCUCCUGCUGUCUGCAGACCUGUACUGCAGAGCCGGCAGCCUCAUCCUGAAGAAUGACGACACCAAGCCCAUGCUAGGCCACGAAGCUGUCAUCCAAGCCCUGGCAGAACGUGGACUCUACGUCACUGACCAGGAGAGACUGGUCACUGAGAGGGAACUUCGAAAGAGGCCGCUACAAAUGAGUGCCCAUCUGGCAAUGAUUGACACUCUAAUGAUGGCAUUCGUCAAGGAGACUGUGAGCGUGGAGAAAAUAAUGGCCUGCGUUUCUCAAUAUUCAUCCAGUGAAACCGAGGAGGAGCCUCCAUAUGAUACAGAAGAUGCAGUGACCACUUGGAUAAACAAGGUCAAUGAAUGCCUGAGAGACAUUGUGAUUCAGGAGCAGAAAAAAGAGCCUCAGAGUGCUGACCCUGCAGGGAGUCCACGGUCUCCAACCAAGUGGUACAUGAAGCUUGUGCCUGCACGGUACAGGAAGGAGCAAACCUCCACCCCGUCAGACCUCUGGAUCCCUCCUGUGGACAACCUGUUGAAAGACAGCACAGAUGGCUCGGCCCUGGGGGCUCUGCUGCACUUCUACUGCCCCCAGCUGCUGUCACUGGAAGAUGUUUGUCUUAAGGAGAACAUGACGCUGGCAGAUCGACUGUACAACCUGCAGCUCGUUCAGGACUUCUGCAAAGACAACCUGAACAACUGCUGCCACUUCACCCUGGAAGACAUGCUCUUCGCCUCCUCCAGCGUCAAGAACAACUACCUGGUGUUUAUGGCAGAGCUGUUUUUGUGGUUCGAGGUCAUCAAGCCAUCGUUUGUUAAACCAAGAGUAAAGGACAUCCAAGUCACAGAGACCCCCACUUUAGUCAAGAGUAUGCCAGACAUCCCCAUCUCUAAGGCAACCAAGAGAAGCUUCAUGGAAAGACCACCCAGUCCAGACAGACCCAGUUUGCCGCUACGGCCUCAGCCAAAAAAUUCUGGAGAAAUCAGAAGGUCAACCUCAAUGUCCUUUGUUGAUGCUAACCUCGGCACCUGGCCUAAAGAGAAAAGGUCUGGGCCUUAUGGCGUGUCCUUCGACAUCCCCUUUGACAAAGAGGACUCUGCUCCAGUUCCUCUCAUGUCCACUCGUGGUAUGGUUAGAUCCAUCAGCACCGACGAUGGUUCUGGUUUCAAAGUUCACCACAUGCCUCGUGGAAUGAAGCGUAACUUGUCCUUCCAGCCAGUGAAUGGUCAGAGUGUCGGCAUUGAUGAGGAGGGCUGUCCAGACAGCAUGGCUGGUAUGGAACCUGGCAGAAGAGCGUUCUCCAACGGACACGAGACUACGUUGGCAAGAGCUCCCUCCAUGGAGGAGGCUCUGGAGAUAAUCCACAGUCCAAGCAGACCUGCAGUGGAGGGGCUCAACAGUGGCUUCUUUCUGCACAGUCAAGCCCAAGGAGGUGGAGCAGGCUUAGAAUCCGUGUCAGAGGUGGACACCAAAGGACUUGUGAGCACCACAGACUCCACAGGAGUGGACACGGGUAUCCACAUCAGAACAGAAGACAUGCUGGAUGAAGAUUCGUCUCUGAAAGACUGCUCUUUGAACAUGGAACUGGAUAUGGACACACCCAGCCCUUGCCCUAGCAACCAGAGCAAAUCCCCCUCAGGUGUAAAGUUUACCUGCUUCGCUGAUCAAAAACUAAAGAAAAUCCACCCAGCUGCACCAGACUCAGGCCGGGGAAGCAGCACUUCUCUCAAAACCCCUCCUGAGGGCUCGGAGUUCGCUCUCCCGUUAUCUGUAUCCUGGGCUCCAACUCCUGAGCACAGCCCUGUCCACCAACACUCCACCCCACCCAUCACUGCUCAGGCGUCACCCACACCUGUACAGCUUCCACCCAGUGAUCCUGCUCAAGUCAUGGCUACAGAGAUGGUGCAGCUGAGGAUCAGGCUGGAGGAGAAACGGAAGGCCAUCGAAGCACAGAAGAAGAAAGUGGAGGCUGCUUUCACGAAACAUCGACAAAAGAUGGGUCACUCCGCGUUCCUCAGUGUGGUAAAAAGAAAGGGAGAUGGUGCCGCCAGUGAGGAAGUGAAAACAGACGGAGAGGGAAAGGCUAGUCCUGUCCUCAAGUUCGGAAGGAGCAAAGCGGAUACACCGGACGGGGCGGAGCAGAGUAGCACACCCUCCUGUUGGACCAAGUCUCCUGGAGCAGGAGAGGAGGGCGGACAGGGUCCUGCACAGCUAACUGAGGUGGACCUCACAGAAUACACACGUUCUAUAGAGAAACUCAACCACUCGUUGGCCUUCCUCCAGACUGAGAUGCAAAGGCUUGCUCAGCAGCAGGAGGUCAUCAUGGCCAUGAGGGGGCAGCAGCACCAGCAGGCCUGGGUCAUCGGUCCUCCAGGACAGACGGACACCUCAGUGCAAAAACAUGUCCGAGUUGGAGGCGUCACUUGGUCGUCUGGACCGUCCUCUCCAGCCGACUCCCCUCGCUCCACGCACCGCUCUCCCACCAGUAUCAAACGCAAAUCUGCUUCCUUUCACUCACGUAACCCCCGCACCGCUCGUCCCACGGAGCUCAAGCUAGCCCCGUACAACCGCGUCCUAACCGCCCCUCAGUCUGUUGACAGUAUUCCGAGGCUACGCCGAUUUUCUCCCCACCAGCCUCUGGGAAGUUGUUUUGUUUACAUGGGGAGUGAAAUGGCGGCUGCUAAUCCAGAGACAGUAUCCAGAGAGGAAGGUAAAAACAAGGAGAGUGAUUCCACCCUGUCCCCAGAGAGGGAAACCUCUGGGAAAAGUAUAUGUGAGGCCAGUUCACCCCCCAAACAAACAGAUACAGAUUCAAAGGCCAAUAACAAGGAAAAUGGGGGGCACAGACAAUCCAGUGCCACUGAUAAAGAAACAGAGGACCAGAAUCCCAAAGUCCAGGAAACAGUGGUGAAUGUCAAACCCGCCGUAGAGUCCUCUUUUCCUGAGGUUUUGGCCCAACCCAUCGUUGAAACCUUCACACUGACACCCACACAGAUUCCUGCUCAACUAGAAGAACUGUGUCAAACGAAGAGUACCCUGAUUGAGGUUCCUCUGUCAGUCGUCAAGUCCAUGGAAGACCUGACCUUAGACGAAGGUCUGGAGAUGCAGCAGGACAAUGAGGAAGGUCUGGAUGACGAGCAGAAGAUGUGUCAUGGGUUCUUCUUCAAGGAGGACGGGAAACCAGAGGAGAACAUGGCCCAGAAGAGGGCAGUGCUGCUGGAGAAGAGGAUGAGGAGGGAGAAGGAAAGCCAGCAGAGGAAGAUGCAGCUGGAGGCAGAGCUGGAGCAGAAGAAAGAGGAGGCCAAGCUAAAAGCAGAGGAGGAGCGUCUCCGGAAGGAGGAGGACAAAGCAAGGAAGGAGUUCAUCAAGCAGGAGUAUCUCAGGAGGAAGCAGCUAAAGCUGAUGGAGGACAUGGACAACGUCAUCAAGCCGCGGUCAGCCGCUGGCGCAAAGCAGAGACGGAGUCGACCUAAGUCCAUCCACCGCGACAGUAUGGAUUCUCCAAAAACGCCUGUUAGAGCUGCGACAGGUUCACGACAACGUGUCUUUUCAGUCUCCAGCUUGUCCCUGGCUUCGCUCAACCUGGGAGACAGCGACAGCGUUCACUCGGAGAAGAGGUCACCGAGGAGCGCUAGCUUAGCCUCUGGCAGUCUCUUCUACUAUCUGAGCUCUCCUAAACUGAGAUACAGGAGGCCAGACUCUGCAGAUGGCUUCCUGUCCCCGAGUCGCUCCAGCAGCAGAAAUGGAGAGAAGGACUGGGAGAAUGGAUCCACGACCUCCUCUGUCACGUCCAACACAGAGUACACCGGGCCGCGGUUGUACAAGGAGCCCAGUGCAAAGUCGAACAAGCACAUCAUCCAGAACGCUCUGUCCCACUGCUGCAUGGCAGGAAAGGUCAACGAGGGGCCCAAGAACAAGAUCCUGGAGGAAAUGGAGAAAUCCGAGGCCAACAACUUCUUGGUGUUGUUCCGUGACGCUGGCUGCCAGUUCCGCUCGCUCUACACCUACUGCCCCGAGACGGAGGAGAUCAUCAAGCUGACGGGCAUCGGCCCAAAGAGCAUCACACGCAAGAUGAUCGACGGCCUCUACAAGUACAACUCAGACAAGAAGCAGUUCAGCCAGAUACCAGCCAAGACCAUGUCUGCCAGCGUCGACGCGGUGACAAUUCACAACCACCUCUGGCAAACGAAGAAGCCGCCUACGCCUAAAAAAGUAGUUCCACCUCUUGCUCAAUAAUAUUCACAUAUAAAAACAGACGUCAACCUUUUCCUCUCGCGUAGAACAUAGCCAUUUCAAGUUGUAUAUGUUCAUUCAGAUCCAAACACGUGCAGCGUCAGUUACAUGAACUCUUUUUUUUUUUUAUGUGACUCGUAUUAUGUCUGUCAUUGCAUUCCUCUCCUUUCUCUGGAAUGGAACAUAGUAUUUAAAAAAACAAUAACUGGAAUGUAUGCCACUUUAAAAAAAACAUGAUGUAAAUGCUUUUUGAGAUUGUUGCAUUUUAAUUUAGUUUAAAUGCAUGUGUGAGUGUUACCUUUAAUUCUCUCUGUGCCAAAUGUUCAAAAAGGUCGAGAAUGGAAGGUAAGAAUGGAAGGACUUUUUUCUGGGGACACUGAACGCAGCACUGAUUGUUUUUAAAUCCAUGUACAGAAUGACUUUGCAUUAUGCUUUUGAAUGUGUGGCCCUGACGUCGAGGGUUCGUGUCAGUGUGAAUGCAGUGCAGUAUAUAAAGACGUGCGCGUGUGUUUUUUGUAAAUGGAGGAAAG